CCUAAAACUAUUUGCACACUUAAGAUUAGGCAACUUCAAACUUUUGAGAAGCUGAAAGAAUAGUAACAUAAACGGUUGAGAAAGUUUCAGAAACUAUCUAGUAGUAAAAGCCGCAGAUAACAGUACCAAGUUAAAGCUCCAACUCUGUCUUCUUCUUCCAUGGCUAUGAAUAUGAAGCAGCUAUUUCGGCCAUCCAUGGCAUAUGCAACUACAAUCCGAUGUCGGUCCCACCAAAUCCUAGUUUUGGGUCAACCCAAGAUUGCAUUUUUCCACUCCCCAACUUCUCAAAAAACCCUUGUUAAACUCCCAACUUUGUUGGAGUUUUCUGGGUUGUCACCCAUUAUUUCUUCAACACCUCUUAAUUGUAAGAACAAUCGUAGGUUGAGUUCUUCUAAUGGGGCUUCAUCUCCUCAUCAUGUUAAUAAUCCUGGAUCUAUUGACUCAUCUUUGAUGCAAUCUAUGGAAAACAAGAUAAAAGAUGAGCUGAAUGCUGAAUCUGUUACUGUAAAAGAUGCUUAUGGUGAUGGCCGGCAUGUCAGCAUUGAUGUUGUAUCUGCAUCUUUCGAAGGACAAUCGGCUGUGAAUAGGCAGAGAAUGGUGUACAAGGCUAUAUGGGCAGAACUUCAGACCACUGUGCAUGCAGUUGAUCAGAUGAUCACUAGAACACCCAGUGAAGCAGCUGGGAACACCCAGUGAAUAAUUGUUAACAACCUAAUGGCUUAAUUUUUCUCUUCCAAUAUUAUUUUGGAUCAAAGAAUUCAGCUGGAUUUUUAUAGCUUGUGAUUCUCUUACAAUAAUAUAUAUGCCAUUUCUGUA